GUAUUUAUCUUCAGCAUUUCCGAUGACAGAACAUAUCCCUUCCAUCAAAAUCUGAAAGUUAGCUUUCUUUUGCUGCCACGCAGUCAAUCAUUACCACCGAAAGACAAAGCCAAUCGAUAUUACUCCAUUAUGCUCAGUAUGUUUAUAAAACACUCCUAGCUUGCUGCUUUAUUCUUCUCCAUCGCCAUCCUUUUUCUCUCUCAAUCUUUCAACCUAAAAUCUAUGUUUUUUCGUUACCAAGAAAUCGUAAUCCAAGUCUCAAGGCCAUCAAAAUCCAGAAACUGAGCGUUAAACCCAUUUGGUGACAUUCCCACAUUUCUCACACUUCUCCCCUAAUAGUACCCCCCAAACCACGAUUUCUUUUCCAAUCUACCCUCGCCAUCCCUCUCUAUCUACCACUCUAUCAACCAUGGACCAAACCAUCAGUUUUAUACGGAGCCCGAAGCGGAACCGGGAGCCAGAAUCCAAAGGCAAAAAUGACGAGUCAAAAUACGACGGAGAAGCUGCAAAGACCACAACAAGAAAAAUAGACGAUGUACACAAUCCUACCGACCGAGCCAAUAGGGAAGCUUGGGUUGAGGUGGUCAAAGCCAGAUGUGAAGUAGCCUCGUUGAACGAUGGGUGCCAAUGGAUUAAUUCCAUAUCCGGGUCCUAUGAUUUUGGAGAUAGGUACAAAGCAGCGGUUCCAGAUACGCCAGUUACUGAACAGUUGAACGAUGGGUGGCAUGGGGUUGGUGCACGAAGUCCUUUUCCACUAGAAGAAUAUCUGUGCAUCAUGGCCCGAGGGUGCCCAGUUAGGAAACAGGUGCAGAGAUGCUUGGAUGACAUGUCUGUACUCAUAACAUGGUAUCAUGGUAUACAUAACCACCCACUUCCAACUCCCAUGGCUUCCACCGCUGUUUCAGAUGAAACCUCUAGUUUCACCCAUUCAUCCCUUCCGAUUCCUUACCAACCUUACCAUGGUUCUUACCUGAUAAAACAGUCUUCUCAUCGACCAAACAUCAGAUGGAUAAACCCUGACGACCCUUCCAAAGGAAUUUUUCUUGACCUUACAAGCAACUCUGAUGAUUCACCUCAAUUUAAUAUGGACAAAACACCAGUGCAAUACCAAGACCAAAACCAAGCUCCCAAGAUUCCAGUCGUCGAAGACCCAAACAAAGAAGUCCAAUCAAACUCAUCCACAACAAGUACCUCAUUUUCUAGACCUCAUUGUAAUUACGAUGUUUUCUUGAGUUUUAGAGGUGACAUUCGUAAAACUUUCAUUGAUCACCUUUACUCCAAUUUAGUGCAACUCGGAAUUCGCACCUUUCGAGAUGACGAGGAACUUCCAAAAGGUGGGAACAUCUCAACCAAACUUCUCGAUGCGAUUCGAGGAUCAAAGAUUUUCAUUGUAGUUUUCUCCCAAGGCUAUGCUUCUUCCAAGUGGUGUCUUGAUGAGCUUGUGGAGAUUAUGCAGUGUAAGAAUACCAUAGGCCACACUCUUCUUCCCAUAUUUUAUCAUGUGGAACCCUCGAAUGUUCGAUGGCAAACCGGAACUUUUGCAAAAGCCUUUGCUAUGCAUGAAGAGAGGUUUCAAACCAAUAUGGAGAUGGUGCAGAGGUGGAGAGAAGCUCUUACUAAAGCUGCAAAUUGUUCUGGUUGGGUUCUCUCGAGUCUUGCAAAUGGGUAUGAAUCAAGAUUCAUCGAACAGAUUGUUCAAGAAAUUUUGUGUAAAGUGAACCCAACUCGCUUGGAUGUUGCCAAACACCCAAUCGGAUUAAUGUCUCGUGUUCAUGAUAUUAAAGAUUUAUUAAAUCUUGGAACAAGUGACGUCAGCGUUGUGGGCAUGUAUGGAAUGGGUGGUAUUGGUAAAACAACCCUAGCAAAAGCUGUCUAUAAUGAAAUAUGUCUUGAAUUUGAAGGAAAUAGUUUUCUUUCAAACUUUAAAGAAAGCUCAGAAAAGUCGAAUGGCUUAACUCAUUUGCAAGAAAAACUUCUUAAUGAUAUCAUGAAAGUGAAUUUGAAGAUUGAUAAUGUUGAUAGAGGAAUCAAUAUAAUUAAGGAAAGAAUCCGUGGAAAAAAAGUUCUUGUUGUUGUUGAUGAUGUUGAUGACUUUGAAAAGCUAGACUCGUUAGUCGAAAAGGAAUGGCUUGGUCCGGGUAGUAGAAUGAUUGUAACCACUAGAGAUGAACAUGUGUUAAGUCCAUUGAGAGUGGAUAAAAAAUAUAAGGUCAGAGAAUUGAAUCAUUGGGAGUCGGAGCGACUGUUCAGUUUGCAUGCCUUCAAAAUGACUAAUCCAAAAGGAGAUUACUCAAAGCUUUCGAAUGAAGUAGUGGCUUAUGCCGAAGGUAUUCCAUUAGCUCUUGUGCUUUUGGGUUCUUUUUUGAAAGAUAGAAGCGUUGCUGAAUGGGAAAAUGAAUUGAAAAAAUUAGAAAGAACUCCUAAUGUUAAGAUUCAAAAAAUUCUUCGAAGAAGCUUUGAUUCACUGGAUAAGUACACAAAGGCCAUAUUCCUUGAUAUUGCAUGUUUCUUUGUCAAUAUGGACAAAAAAUAUGUCAAGAAAAUACUUGAUGGUUGUAAAUUGUUUCCAAAGGUUGGUAUCCGUACGCUCAUUCAGAGGUCACUUGUGACAAUUGAUGACAGAAAUAUUUUGAGGAUGCAUCACCUUAUUCGAGAUAUGGGAAGGGAGAUUAUUAAUGAAGAGUCACCUGAUUUGCCAGGAGAACGUAGUAGGUUGUGGUUUCACGAAGAUGUCUUUAAUGUAUUACGCAACCAUACGGGAACGAAAACAGUUAAGGGUCUCAUCUUAGAAGUAUCUGAAGAUGUACGCUUGAUCGAAACUACAACAUUUACAAAUAUGAAGAAUUUGAGAUUGCUCCAAAUCAAUGCUGUACAACUCACGGGAUCCUAUGAACAUCUCUCUAAAGAGCUAAGAUGGCUUUUUUGGCAUAAGUGCCCCUUGGAAUUUCUACCACAGAAUUUUCAUCUGGAAAACCUUGUUAUUCUUGACAUGCAGUAUACUAAUCUCAAACAAAUUUGGAAGAACAAAAUACUCAUCAAGUUGAAGGUCCUUAAUCUCAGCUAUUCCAAAUAUUUCACCAAAUCACUAGACUUCUCUCAAGUGCCACAACUGGAGACACUAAUACUUGAAGGUUGCACAAGUUUGGUUGAGAUUCACAAGUCCAUUGAAUGUUUGAAAAACCUUGUUUUGCUGAAUUUAAAUGGAUGCAAGAGUCUUAGGAAUCUUCCAAGCAGCAUUUCAAACUUAAGAUCUCUCAAAACUCUUGAUUUGUCUGAUUGCUUACAAAUUGACAAGUUACCGGAUCAAAUAGGGAAUAUGAUUGCUUUAACAAAGCUACUUGCUGAUGGAACUGCUAUUAGGCAAUUACCCUUCUCCUUUGGUGGUUUGAAGAAUCUUGAGAUUGCAUCAUUUUCUGAACAUAAAGAAUCAUCCUCAAAAUCUUGGUUGUCAACUCUCUUGUCAUUGAUGUCACCAAAAAGCUUGAACCCAGCUUUUUUUCUACCACCUUUCAUUUCUGGAUUACGUUCUUUGACAAAACUAAAUCUCUCUGGACGCAAUUUGUCUGAAGAUGGGUUUCCUGUUGAUUUUGGGAGUUUAUCUUCACUCAAGCUUUUGGAUUUAUCAAGAAAUAAUUUUUAUAACCUACCUGGUUGCAUAGGUUACCUUCCAAUAUUGUACGAGUUGCAUUUGAGUGAGUGUACGUCUCUUAAAUCAAUUUCUGGACUCUUCGCAAGUUUAGGUAUGUUGGAUGCAACUAGUUGUACAUCAAUGGAACGACUCUCAAUUUCGUCAAACCACAAGAGAGGACUACUUUUUGACCUUCGUCAUUGCCACAAAUUGACGGAGAUUCAAGGCUUGGAGAAUUGGGAAAUUUCUACUAUUCAAAAUCAAGCAUAUGAUUUUAAGAGUCAUCUCCAGUGUCCGUUAACCAUUGGCGAUGAUGAGUCUCGUGUCAUUUGCAUACCUGGUAGUGAGGUUCCAAAUUGGUUCGGCCACAGGACAACUUGGGAUUCUAUAUCCUUCCAUGUACCUUCAAUUUCAAAGGGUCAAUUCCCUCGGUUGUUUGUUUGUGUUGUUAGUCCUUUAAAUGGAACCAGAGAUAUCAGGGGGUUCCGUUACAUGCCUAGCCUGACAAUCAGAAAUAAAACUAGAGGCAACGUGAAAUCCCUUCAGCCUUGGCGAACAACUGAUCGUACGGACUUGUUUACUUUGCCAAGAAGAGAUAGAGAAGGUCAUCAUAUCUUUCUAUACCUGACAGCACUCAUAAGAAAUAAAUAUGAGCUGGAAAGUGGAAUCAUAUUUAAUGAAUUGGUGAUGGAAAGUGGAGAUGAAAUUGAGGUGCUCUUCGAAUUUCAGGGAAUGAAACCUAUGGUGGUGGAGUUUGGAGUUCUUGUAGUAGUUGACGAACCAAAUGUAAUGUAAGAAGAAGUUACAUUGAAGAACUUUGGAGGACUUAUGUUUUACUUGUUUAGUUGUUGUCUUUUAGUUUUAGUAGUAGAAAAGUCUUAAGACAAUGUGAAUAAAGACAGCAGUUAUAUUCACGUUGUUUACACAGUCAGAAACAACGUGUAUAAUUAACAUCGUUUUAAUAAAAAAUG